CAGGACACUUGGCAGGAAGGAACAAGGAAGGAGGAAAGAAAGAUAAACCAGGAUACAAGAAUAGACGAAACACUUUAGCCCAUCAAGCUGACUCAACCAUUAUGUCAAACACCCUCCGUCCUUACCUCAACGCCGUCCGCGCAACCCUCACUGCCGCACUUACCCUGUCCAACUUCUCAUCUCAAGUAGUUGAACGGCACAAUAAGCCCGAAGUAGAGUGCGGCACCUCGCCAGAGGUUGUCCUCCAUCCGUUGAUCAUCUCGAGGAAUGAGAGCGAAAGGGUGCUCAUAGAGCCCAGUGUCAACUCAAUCAGGCUCAGUAUCGCAAUUAAACAAGCAGAUGAGAUUGAGAAGAUUCUGUGUCACAAGUUUACCAGAUUCAUGAUGAUGAGAGCAGAAGGUUUCGUUAUUCUCAGAAGAAAGCCCUUACCUGGCUACGACAUCUCGUUUUUGAUAACCAAUUUCCAUUCUGAAUCAAUGCUCAAGCACAAGCUUGUCGAUUUCAUCAUUCAAUUUAUGGAAGACGUGGAUAAGGAAAUUAGUGAGAUGAAGCUUUCCCUCAACGCCAGGGCGCGAAUUGUCGCAGAGAGUUACCUUUCUACGUUUGCGUGAGGAAGAAAUCAUACUAGAUUAUACCAACAUUUGUAUGGGAUGUAUUGUAACAAUUUUACAUUGCAUGCUGUCUAAAAAUUGAACCACAAGCGUCAAAAUAUGCCAAAAUGAUUAUCGCCUUCUCUCAAUCCUCACCACCAGAUCUUGCCCAAGUCUUGCAAUCUCCCCGAUAAUUGCCUCUUUAUUAAUUUCCACGAGCUCGGCCUACACAUUAGGUCGAUGAUCAGCAUCAUCAAUAUCAGAGAAACGAAUAUGACUUACUUCGGACUUUACAGGCAUACCGUUCCAACCUAAGAAUGAUUUCAAACCCCUCGCGCCAUCCCUUGCAAGAUUCCAAACGCCGCCCACUGCAUCGCCUCCGUGACGGUCAACAAAGAACAUGAGGCUGUCCCCGUAAAUCUUUUUCAGAUCGCGGACGAACAAAGCGGCUGGAUCAAAGUCGAUCCUCAUACCAUCGCUUUCUUCUGAGGAUGAAGUGAGGUUGCGGUAUUUGAGGUGAGGCUCCCAUAAAGAAGGGUCAGGCAGGAUGGAUUGAGCGGACGUCGAGAGAAAUUUGGGAGAUAGAUGGAUAAUGAUGUCGUAAUGCUCCAAAGGAGUGAUGAACAGU